CCGGCGGCGGGAGGGGGCCACCCUCUCCCCCCUCGUCGUCUUCCCAGCGGCUGGGUUCCCAGAGUGCUCCGCGGCCGUGUGGAGCGAGGCCUUGUUCCCGCGUUGAGCCGCCGCCGCCGCCGCCGCCUCCUCAGCUUCAGCCUCCGCGCCAGGCCCGGCCCCGCCGCGCCAUGUCGGACUACAGCACGGGAGGACCCCCGCCCGGGCCGCCGCCACCCGCCGGCGGGGGCGGGGGAGCUGGGGGCGCCGGGGGAGGCCCUCCGCCGGGCCCGCCAGGCGCGGGGGACCGGGGCGGCGGCGGCCCUGGCGGUGGCGGCCCGGGCGGGGGAUCGGCCGGGGGCCCCUCUCAGCCACCCGGCGGAGGCGGCCCGGGAAUCCGCAAGGACGCCUUCGCAGACGCCGUGCAGCGGGCCCGCCAGAUUGCAGCCAAAAUUGGAGGCGAUGCUGCCACAACAGUGAAUAACAGCACUCCUGAUUUUGGUUUUGGGGGCCAAAAGAGACAGUUGGAAGAUGGAGAUCAACCGGAGAGCAAGAAGCUGGCUUCCCAGGGAGACUCAAUCAGUUCUCAACUUGGACCCAUCCAUCCUCCUCCAAGGACUUCAAUGACAGAAGAGUACAGGGUCCCAGACGGCAUGGUGGGCCUGAUUAUUGGCAGAGGAGGUGAACAAAUAAACAAAAUCCAACAGGAUUCAGGCUGCAAAGUACAGAUUUCUCCAGACAGCGGUGGCCUACCCGAGCGCAGCGUGUCCUUGACAGGAGCCCCAGAAUCUGUCCAGAAAGCGAAGAUGAUGCUGGACGACAUUGUGUCUCGGGGUCGUGGGGGCCCCCCAGGACAGUUCCACGACAACGCCAACGGGGGUCAGAACGGCACUGUGCAGGAGAUCAUGAUCCCUGCGGGCAAGGCCGGCCUGGUCAUCGGCAAGGGCGGGGAGACCAUUAAGCAGCUGCAGGAACGUGCUGGAGUGAAGAUGAUCUUAAUUCAGGACGGAUCUCAGAAUACGAAUGUGGACAAACCUCUCCGGAUCAUUGGGGAUCCUUACAAAGUGCAGCAAGCCUGCGAGAUGGUGAUGGACAUCCUCCGGGAACGUGACCAAGGCGGCUUUGGGGACCGGAAUGAGUACGGAUCUCGGAUUGGCGGAGGCAUCGAUGUGCCAGUGCCCAGGCAUUCUGUUGGCGUGGUCAUUGGCCGGAGCGGAGAGAUGAUCAAGAAGAUCCAGAAUGAUGCUGGCGUGCGGAUACAGUUCAAGCAAGAUGACGGGACAGGGCCCGAGAAGAUUGCUCAUAUAAUGGGGCCCCCAGACAGGUGCGAGCACGCAGCCCGAAUCAUCAACGACCUCCUCCAGAGCCUCAGGAGUGGUCCCCCAGGUCCUCCAGGGGGUCCAGGCAUGCCUCCAGGGGGGCGAGGCCGAGGAAGAGGCCAAGGCAAUUGGGGUCCCCCUGGCGGGGAAAUGACCUUCUCCAUCCCCACUCACAAAUGUGGGCUGGUCAUCGGCCGAGGUGGCGAGAAUGUGAAAGCCAUAAACCAGCAGACGGGAGCCUUCGUAGAGAUCUCCCGGCAGCUGCCACCCAACGGGGACCCCAACUUCAAGUUGUUCAUCAUCCGGGGUUCGCCCCAGCAGAUUGACCACGCCAAGCAGCUUAUCGAGGAGAAGAUCGAGGGUCCUCUCUGUCCAGUUGGACCAGGCCCAGGUGGCCCAGGCCCUGCUGGCCCAAUGGGGCCCUUCAAUCCUGGGCCCUUCAACCAAGGGCCACCCGGGGCUCCCCCACAUGCCGGGGGGCCCCCUCCUCAUCAGUACCCACCCCAGGGCUGGGGCAAUACCUACCCCCAGUGGCAACCGCCUGCUCCUCACGACCCAAGCAAAGCAGCUGCAGCGGCCGCGGACCCCAACGCCGCAUGGGCCGCCUACUACUCACACUACUACCAGCAGCCCCCGGGCCCCGUCCCAGGCCCUGCGCCGGCCCCUGCGGCCCCACCGGCUCAGGGCCAGCAGCCCCAGCAGCCUGGAGCGCCCCCACAGCAGGACUACACGAAGGCCUGGGAGGAGUACUACAAGAAGCAAGCUCAAGUGGCCACCGGAGGGGGUCCAGGAGCUCCCCCAGGCUCCCAGCCAGACUACAGUGCCGCCUGGGCGGAAUAUUACAGACAGCAGGCCGCUUACUACGGACAGACCCCAGGUCCUGGCGGCCCCCAGCCACCGCCCACGCAGCAGGGACAGCAGCAGGCAAGUGGGAAUUGCCACCCUCCUCCUCCUCCUUUCUCCUUCCAACCCCCGGCCACCGUCCAUCCUGCCUUAGUGGGUAGCGCCGGAAACCCCUUCCCCUGCGGGGUGUGCCCUUGAUGCCUGCAGCGGGGGCCGUGUGGCUGGAGGUCUCCGGGAGUCCCCACGCACCACCAGGGAAGCAUUCGCUGGGUCCAGAGGUUAAACGAAGAGGCCUCCCUGCGCCGGCUGCUCGUUCCUGUGUGCCGCUGUCGUGAUGCUGGGGAGCGCUGAGACUCGCAGGCGGGACUUCUGAACUGCUGGGGAGUCGGGGGGCAGGCAGACAGCGCGGACGGUGGGCACUGGCCCGGCCGCCACCUUGCUCACAAUCUGGCCACUUGGGAAGAAAACGUCUAUUUUUUCCCCUUCUCUGCAUCACUUUUUUGGUUUUUGUUCUUUUUAUUCUUUUGUUUUUUAAACCCAUGAUCUUUUUUCCCGUGUCCAAGUGACUGUAUUGCAGGCGGCCCGGCUCUGGCAGGGACUGGUGGGGACGCAGGGAGCGGCCCAGGCCCCUGCCCCGCCGGGCUUAGCCUCCCAUGCGCUCGCGCUUGCCUGUGUCCCGGGCUUGUCUGUGAAGUGGGCAUGAAGAUCGUUGCCACCUUCCAACCUACCUCACAGGGGUGUUGUGGGGACACCAUGAUCUCUGGAUUGUUCAUGUUGUUGUGCUGCGCCGGGAGCCGCCGCCCUCCGGAGACAGGGCAGCUCCCCUCCGACCCUAGCGCCUCCACCCUCCGCGGCCCCAGUUCCUCUCUUCCUGCUCUGUCCCUCCUUCUCCAUCAGGGAGCAGCGUGACUUCAGCGAGUCCCGCGAGCACCUGGCUAGACAGUUAACAAGCACGUCCUUCCAGCCUGAGCCAGCGCAGGUUUGGGAGGGGGCUUCCUGCCCCCCCCCCCAACGGUGUUCCAGCCCCUCCUUUCUUCCGCCCCCUAGUCUCCCACCCUCCCCUCCCCGUAGUGACCAAUUCCUAUCUCUUCCCUCUCCGCAGGCUCAAUGAAUCGAAUGAAUGUGAACUUCUUCAUCUGUGAAAAAUCUUUAUUUUUUUUUUCCAUUUUGUUCUGUUUGGGGGCUUCUGUUUUGUUUGGCGAGAGAGCGAUGGCUGCCGUGGGGAGUAUUGGGGAGCCCUCGCGGCAAGCGGUGGGAGGGGGCUUGGGGGUGUGCUGGGCCCUCACUCUCUCGCCUGUUCUGUGUCUCACAUGCUUUUUCUUUCAAAAUUGGGAUUCUUCAUGUUGAGCCAGCCAGAGAAGAUAGCGAGAUCUCGAUCUCUGCCAAAAACACCUUAAACAUUAAAACACAAAGAGCAAAGCAGAACUUAGAAAAUUAUAUAUAUAUAUAUUAAAAAGUCUCUAUUCUUCACCCCCCAGCCUUCCUGAACCUGCCUCUCUGAGGAUAAAGCAAUUCAUUUUCUCCCACCCUCGGCCCUCUUCUUGUUUUUAAAAUAAACUUUUAAAAAGGAAAAAAAAAAAUCACUCUUGCUAUUUCUUUUUUUUAGUUAGAGGUGGAACAUUCCUUGGACCAGGUGUUGUAUUGCAGGACCCCUUCCCCCAGCAGCCAAGCCCCCUCUUCUCCUCUCCUCCCGCCCUGGCUCAGCUCCUGCGGCCCCGCCCGUCCCCUCCCAGGACUGGUCUGUUGUCUUUUCAUCUGUUCAAGAGGAGAUUGAAACUGAAAACAAAAUGAGAACAACAAAAAAAAUUGUAUGGCAGUUUUUACUUUUUAUCGCUCGUUUUUAACUUCACAAAUAAAUGAUAACAAAACCUCCCCGUCUGCGGGUGCUGUCUGUCUCCCCCCGCUCCUUCCCUCCCUCCCUGUAGUUUUGAAGCAGAUGUUUGUUCUUUAUAGAUGUUGUUUAAAAAGCCUGAUAAUGGUGACUGAAAAUUACAAACUUUGUUUUUUUUUUUUUUUUUUUUUUUCAAGAAAAGUAUAAGAGAAAAUAGUUUUCUUCAGGCGCAAUGUGCUUUCCUAACCCUGCCCCCCCCCCCCCACCUUUUUUUUUUGUUAAAUAAAGUGUUUUUUGUUUAAAAAAAA